AUGGGGAGGUGGCGUGCUGGACACAAAAAGGGCCCCGGCCUUUCGACCGAGCCCCUUUCUAAAACGUCAGUCCGAAAUCAGGCCGCGACGUCGUACGGCGAUCUCACCCGCCAGAUACAGGUUGCGGGCCUUGGCGCGGCUCAGCUUGCCCGAGCUGGUGCGGGGCAGGGUGCGCGGCGGGAUCAGUUCGAUGACGCAGUUCAUGCCGUCACCGCGCGUACACGCUCGCAGAUCUCGUCGCGCAAGCGGGCGCGUUCCUCAUCGUCCGAGCUGCGGCACUGGACCAGCACGGCGGGGGUUUCCUCACCGCCCCGGUGUGGUGAUCGCGAAGGCGGCGAUGUCGCCCGCCUUGAAGCCGGGAAGCUGCUCGACUGCCCAUUCGAUGUCCUGCGGCCAGUGGUUGCGGCCGUUGACGAUGAUCAUGUCCUUGGCGCGGCCGACGAUGUAGAUAUAGCCCUUCGACAUAGCCCCAUGUCGCCGGUGUCGAGCCAUCGGCCAUACAGGCCUCGGUCGCGGCAUCGUCGCGGAAAUAGCCGACCAUGA